AGCACCACCACUACCAUAACCACCAUCACCGCUCUACGUACUUUACAUACCAUCAAUAAAACAACGCGCUUCCUCCCUGCCAACCCCAACCCCCCACCUCACCUCCCCUCCACCACUACUACAAAAACCAACAGGUUCAUAAUCGUCAGCGAAAAAACCAUCGUUCUUCGCACAGUAUUUGCUAGAAAACAGCUCGCUUCCACACUGACGCGUCGGUCGCGACAGCGCAGCAGCAGCAGCAGCAGUAGCAGCCAUGUUCUAUUCGGAGACCCUUCUCUCGAAGACGGGUCCGCUCGCGCGAGUAUGGCUCAGUGCUAACCUCGAGCGCAAGCUCUCGAAAACUCAUAUCCUUCAAUCAAAUAUUGAAACCUCGGUCGGCGCAAUUGUCGGGCAGGACCAGGCACCGAUGGCACUGCGGUUGAGUGGCCAGCUGCUGCUCGGUGUCGUCAGAAUUUACUCCCGCAAAGCGCGUUAUCUGCUGGAGGACUGCAAUGAGGCUCUAAUGAAGAUUAAGAUGGCUUUCCGUCCAGGAAAUGUGGAUCUUCCGGCCGGUGCCAUCUCGCAUACCUCCGCCCAAUUGACCCUUCCCGACGUUAUUACCGAGCUCGAUCUGCUUCUUCCCGAUCCGACUCUCGACCUCGGCGGACUGGGCAAUCUCCCAUUGCGGUCGGGACACCAGAAGCGCAAUGUGGAUAUCACACUGGAUCCCGAUUCCUUUGUGAGCUCGCUCGAACAGCCCCGCGGUUAUGACCACGACGACGGUCUACAAUUGGAGGAUGAGAUUUUGGACAUCGAUAUCGGAGAGGACCGCGACAUGUCGAUGGGCGGGCUGGAGGAUCUGAUCAUGGGCUCCGAUUCUUUGGAAAUCGGCAGAGACGCGCCUCUUGGCCGCGACCUCGACGGCGACCUUUUCGACGAGUCUCGUUUGAGCUUGGACCUUGGAGACCUGACACCCAAGGCGAAUCGUGAAUCCACGCCCGUUUUUGGGUUCGACGAUGGUGGUUUGGAUUUGGGUCUGGAUGACGACAAUACCGGUUUUGCUCGCGGCAUGGACAUCGAUCUGGAUUCCGACCUGACGAUCCAACCUCUCCCGGAUCACGAAGCUACACCUCUACCUGAGGCUCCGGCCUCAGUGGUAGCCGCCGAGGAAGCCGGCCGCGAACGCACCGCAUCGGUCGCGCCAGCCGUCGUCGAUGCCCCCACCCCCGUUGAGCACGUCAACGAGGAGGCUGAGAUGACCACCCUCCCCGAGGAGCUGGAAGUACCUCAAGGCGAAGCCGGAGACAACACCUUCAACCUGAACCGGGAGAGCGAGGAUGUCGAGUCAGUACAUGCUGCUCACCAGCAGCAGUCUCGCAAGCGUAGCAGGGUUGUUGUUGACGCGGUCACCGAAAUCAAAGCCAAGGUCAUCAGAGCGCAACAGGCUGAUCGCAGUCGUCUGAUGAAGGAGCCCAGCUACCUGCCUCGCGACCCCGCCGUUCUUUCUCUCAUGAGUUUGACCAAGAGUGGAGGUCUAGCUCGCUCCAUCUUCUAUCCCAGAAACAUUGCUCCAGAGUUGGCGAGCCUGCUUGCACCUGACUUCGUCAAGCGCAUGGCGGAAAAGAAGCGCAAGCGCGAUGCUGCACAGUCGAUUGAGGAGGAGGGUGAGGAGACAAGGCCCAGCCCGUCCAAGCAAGCUAGGCUUGAGAUCGAGGAGGAGGAGGAGGAGGAGCACAUUGAACGACAUUCCGCAGCUCCCGAAGAGGAGGAGGAAGAGGUGGUUAUGGAAGAAAUGAUGGAGCUUCCCGAAGACAGCCAUGCUUCGCCAAUGCCGUUCAUGGGCGAGCAAGUGUGCUUUGAUGAUCUGCACCAGGGCCGCGGUGGGUCUACUUCACCACAACCCGACAUUAUUCCUCAAGGCGAUGUCAGCCAAGAAGAACAGGAGGCCAUGGGCGAGCCCAUGCUGGAGCAGGACAUGCCUUCCGUACCACAGGUCGUGUCCCGUGAAACUCGACAUGCCGUGCAUGUUCUUCGUGAGCAGUUUGAGGCGAAUCCGAAGAAGACGGUUGUCUUCCAGGAGCUCCUCCCCGCGCAGACGACAACCAAGAUGGAUGCAACCAAGAUGUUCUUCGAAGUCCUGGUCCUCGCCACCAAGGACGCUAUCAAGGUCAAGCAGUCAAAGGGAUUCGGACAGAUCGAUAUCCAGCAGAAGAAAGCCUUGUGGGGCGCCUGGGCAGAGGAGAAGGAUGAGCAAGAGAUUGCCGAAGAGGAGGAGAGGGCUCGCGAUGCGGAGAAGGAAGCCGGCCGAUCAAUGAUCAUCGUAGGCACGGGCCGAACUGUUGGAGAAGCUACUGCUGCAGCCUGAGAAAUCCAUCCACUCGUCGACUCGACUGGCUUUG